CGUGGUAGCAGCAGCCCGUGAAACACCGCCCUUCGGGCAGCGCAUCCACCAAUUGUAAAAUUGUAAAAUUUACAAUUGGUUUACUAUUGUAAUUUUAUUUACUAUUGUACUAAAUUUACUAUUGUAAAAUUUUCUCUCCACCAAGCCAACCAACCAAGCCGUAAUCCCUAGCAAAUCCUUAAGUAACCAACAAAAAUUAGUAACCAAGCUAGUCACAUUUAACAAAUUAGAAAUUAGAAAAGAAUCUACGACAACCUCGUACCUUGGUCAUACCUACAAGAAUUAGGAGUGGUAUUGAGGAAAGAGUCUCCUUAAUCCAUUUGUGUUGCGAUUUCAUCUCAAUCUCCAAAUACGCAGUACGCGCUAAGUCAGGACACCUCUUGGCUCUCCCUAGUCCUGCUAGUGUGAACAGCUGGCAGCUGCCACCAAGGCCCUAAAACAUAGCCGCCACUGGCAGCCACAUAUUGAUGUACUGCCUUGGCUGCCGCGAAGUUGAAGUGUUUAAGUCAAACAGUGCACAAGUUGAUAAGGUUAUGACUUACGAGGCAUAAUACAUGUAGGGUAGGGGACAUAAAAGGUUUUGUAUAGCCUUGGCAUAGAUGAUGGAGCCACUUCUUUUGAUUGGAGGAGCUUUUGUCAGACUUUAUUUGAUGCACAAUGACUUCUUCAAGAAUCUUUGUGAUGGCACAAUAUUUUCCACUCCAGUGUCAUCAUGGAAGAGAGUGACUGAGGGAUCAUACCUGAUGGGACAAGAUAUAUCCCCCUACGAAGGUGACAUGGUCCAUGAGCCACCAUUAACCUUACUGCUGUACAACCUCCUUCUGCAAAACUUUGCUGGCAUUGUACCUGCCUUCUUCAUCUUGGUAGAUCUACUCACUGCUCACAUUCUCAAGAGGACAGCUGAGAAAUUUGUUCAGAAACAGGAGAAGCCAGCUGUCCGUUCCGGCGCCGCUCCACCCUCCUCUCCGUCCCCCGUGCCGCUGAUCGUGGCCGCUGUGUACCUGUUUAACCCGUGUACGGCGGUGAGCUGCGCUGCGCUCAGUACGGCCGGGCUCCACCAGCUGCCGCUGGUGCUAGUCUUCUACGCGGCCGUUACUGAGCGCUGGUGGGUGUGCCUGUGCAGUCUGUCGGUCAGCUGCUACCUGGACCUGUACCCGGUGGUGCUGCUGGCGCCACUGCUGGCAGCUGUCGGCGCCGCCGGCCGCAGCCGCCUGCUGGCUGCCCUGCUGGCCGCUGGCUGCUGGGCCGGCCUGCUGCUGCUCUCGGCCCACGCCCUGGGCGACUGGAGCUUCCUCCGGUCCACCUACGGCUUCAUUCUAUGGACGUGGGACCUGUCGCCGAACGUUGGCCUCUUCUGGUACUUCUUCACCGAGAUGUUCCAGCACUUUGAGUCGCUCUUCAUUGCCACAUUCCAGAUCAACGCGUUCAUAUACGCGGUGCCACUAACACUGCGGUUCCGCGGCCAGCCCGUGCUGGUCAUGUUCGCCCUACUCGUGCUCAUGGUGACGUUCAAGUCGUACCCGAGUGUAGCCGAGGCCGGCCUCUACCUAGCCCUGCUGCCGCUCUGGCGGCCCCUGGCGCCGCAUGCGCGCUACGGCUUCGUCGUCACGUGCUUCUACGCGUCUGUGAUGGUGCUGGCGCCCGUCAUGUGGACCCUGUGGAUCCACGCCGGCUCAGCCAACGCCAACUUCUUCUUCGCCGUCACACUGGCCUACAACGCGGCGCAGAUUUUCCUGGUGACAGAUCUGCUGUUCGCUCAGCUGAAGCGGGACCACGUGCUCACCCACGGCACCGCCAAAGAGGUGGAAGGAAAGCCGGCCAAGCUCGUUCUCUGUUGAUCUCACGCACACAAAGACACAGGGUAGGGCUGUGAGGCGCUCCAGCUGCUGCCCGGUCGGUCGUCUCCGCUGUCCAGUGCGCGAACACAGGAAGACACUGCCUGUGUUCGGCCGGUAGUACCGGCUGCCCAGUCUGUCACUGGUUAUGACCAGUGAUGUCAUGACCAGCGGUCACCAAUGACGCGAUGACCAUUAACGACCAUUGACGACCAUUGACGUCAUGAUCAGUGACGUGAGGUCCAGUGAUGUCAGUGAAAAGAGUCAAGCACAAUGCACCGGGUCGCUGUUUGUCAAACGGCGCGGCAUUUUCCAGAAUGGACCACUGCUGUUGGGUCCGUUGCAAAGUGCAGCAAGGUUGUGAGUGUGAUCCGUGAUUUAGUCCAGCCCGCUGCUGCUGACUGGAAGCUAAGGCUAAAUGGCACGGACGGCUAAGCUGAGAUUCGGGGGUUCGCGUAGCUCAUUUUCUAGUGAGUCCUGCAUAUAAUUAAUUGCGGUACCGCUAGUCAGUGCGAUUCUUCAACUGAGAUGCCGACGUAUCUCGCGAGUCCAGUGAAGCCCAUGCCUGAUGCUGCUCCCGGCAGAGUUACGUGGUCAUUCCGCUGCGCGGUUUUGUCAGUCAGUCACUUUGUUUGUUUCAAUCAUCACGUACGGUAGUCGUCGCGAACUGCAGUCACGUUUGCCGCAUAUUUGUCACGCGACGCCGCCGUCACUUGUUCUCCCGUCGCCAUCGUACCUCCAUCAUGUCACCAUUGUGUCUGUUUGUAUGGCACGGGUAAUAAAUACCUGUCGCCAACAGCG